AUGACCAGUCUACGGGUAGAGAAUAAUCAACAAUUGGAAAUUUUACGAAUUCCAAAUAUGAGAAGUACCUUAACAAUAAAAGAUAACCAGUAUCUCAAAUCCGCAAAUUUCCCAGAACUUCAAAUGGUUGGCCCUUCUUUUGUAAUUUCUAAUAAUCCAUCUCUCAAAAAAAUCAAUGGAUUUCCAAAGUUAGAACAAAUAGAUGGAUCUGUAGACGUCACAGGAACAUUUUCAGAGUUCGAAUUAUCAAAGCUAAAUGAAAUUAAAGGCGGAAUAAAUGUGCAAACGAAAUCGAAACGAUUCAAAUGUGAGGAAAUUUACAAAUUAAAGAAUGAAGAUAUUAUUAAAGGGGAUACCAUUAUUUGUUUGUCGGGCAUUAGUGAUCCGAAAAGUAUCGUGCUACAGCCAAAAUCAGGAAUUGUAAUUGAAAAGGAAAAUAAAGGAACUACGAAUACUUCAGCAGCUGGAACUGAAACAUUACUUAAUAGUGAUGUGGUUGGAUUAUAA